UCGCUGCGGAGGGAGGGGGCGGCCCGGCCCGGCCCAGCUCUGCCCCCGGCCCGGCCCGGCCCUGGCCCCGGCCCCCGGCCCCAGCCCAGCCCUUAUCUGAUCGACUGGUCUAGUUUAAGAGCCCGGCCCCGCCCGUCACACAGCUCCGCUCCUCUCCUCACCCUCCAGCCCGCCCCGUCAGUCAAGCCUUCAGUACAUUCUCUCGGCCACCCGGUCCGAGGUGCCUCCCUCUGCCCAGGACCCAAGAUGACUUCAGUUGCAAAGGUGUACUACAGCCAGACCACCCAGACAGAGAGCCGGCCCCUGAUGGGCCCGGGGCUGCGCCGCCGGCGGGUCCUGACCAAGGAUGGCCGCAGCAACAUCCGUAUGGAACACAUUGCUGACAAGCGCUUCCUCUACCUCAAGGACCUAUGGACCACCUUCAUUGACAUGCAGUGGCGCUACAAGCUGUUAUUAUUCUCUGCCACCUUUGCAGGCACCUGGUUUCUGUUUGGUGUGGUGUGGUAUCUGGUGGCUGUGGCCCAUGGAGACCUCCUGGAGCUAGGGCCUCCUGCUAACCACACACCCUGUGUGGUGCAGGUACACAUAACAGGUGCCUUCCUCUUCUCCCUCGAGUCACAGACCACCAUUGGCUACGGAUUCCGUUAUAUUAGUGAAGAGUGUCCACUGGCCAUUGUCCUCCUCAUUGCCCAGCUGGUGCUCACCACCAUCCUGGAGAUCUUUAUCACAGGCACUUUCCUGGCUAAAAUUGCCCGGCCCAAGAAGAGGGCCGAAACCAUCCGCUUCAGCCAGCAUGCUGUGGUGGCCACCCACGAUGGCAAACCCUGCCUCAUGAUCCGUGUUGCCAACAUGCGCAAAAGCCUCCUCAUUGGCUGCCAGGUGACAGGUAAGCUGCUCCAGACCCAUUUAACCAAGGAAGGGGAGAGCAUCCGGCUCAAUCAAGUCAAUGUGGCCUUCCAGGUGGAUACAGCCUCUGACAGCCCAUUCCUCAUCCUACCCCUUACUUUCUACCAUGUGGUGGAUGAAUCCAGCCCUCUGCGUGACCUGCCCCUGCGAAGUGGUGAGGGGGACUUUGAGUUGGUUCUCAUCCUCAGUGGGACAGUGGAAUCCACCAGUGCCACCUGCCAAGUGCGUACAUCCUACUUGCCAGAGGAGAUCCUCUGGGGCUAUGAAUUCACACCUGCCAUCUCACUCUCUGCUAGUGGCAAGUAUGUGGCUGACUUCAGCCUCUUUGACCAGGUCGUGAAAGUGAGCCCUCCUGGCAGCCUCCGAGAUACCACUGUCCGUUAUGGGGACCCUGAAAAGCUCAAGCUAGAGGAGUCAUUCCGGGAACAGGAAGGGAAGGAGGGCAGUGCCCUCAGUGUACGAAUCAGCAAUGUUUGACUGCUUUGACUCCCACUUCCCUCACCCCUUCUGGCCAGAGGAGAUAUUCUCUGGUUCAACCCUACCCCCUGACUCAUGCCUGUUCUCUCUCUCCCAGCUCCCAAGUGGGGUGUCCUACCCAGGCUCAUUGGAGAGAGCCCCAGGAUCACCCUUCUCCUAAUCCCAUCUCCCUCCACCCAGUGGCCUGUAAUUUGCCUAGGCCAGCCUGAGGGAACAGUCCCCCUUUAGACUGAGCCCCACCCUCAAGCCAAGGUUUGGGGUAUUUGGGACAGAGUAGAUUGAGCUGCGGAGGCUUAGAAAAUCCCAGCCAUUACUGGAGACUCCAUAAGAGAACUGUGCAGUUGGAUGGAUGGAUGGACUGUGCUCCAUUUAUGAAACUUGGUGCCUUGAGGAUGGAGGAUUUUCCUUUUCUCCCUUCCCACCUAGCUAGUUCCCUGAGCCCGACUCUCUCUGCUGGUCACUCUGGGGACUACAACUCUUAGAUAUUGCUGAUGCUGGGACCUGGCAAUAGAUAAAGCAUAAACCUGUCAUAGUAUCUUUGCUAUACCCCAACAGAGUAUACUACUUCUUCCUCUGAUGAGACUGAUCCCCCUUCUGGCCCAAACCUUCUGGCUUGAUCACCACCAUUUGCCCCUUUACAAUUCCCCAGGUGGACCCUCUCCCUAGGUCCAAGAUCUGACUCGUCUCUCCUUUGAUGCCUUUAUCCCCAGAGAUUGGGACUGAUCAUAAUAAAUGACCACAACAUUUAGUAAUACCACAAUCACACACUUACAGAGUUUAAAAUUCUUCAAACUGGGGAUCACUAUAUUGUCCAGAUUCCAGGCGCUUCUCUCCCUAGGCUACUCUGUGAGAGGUUGGACCCUGGCAACUGCAUUCUCCAAGGAAGGGUUCAGAUGUCUGAACCCUCAGGAAAGGGUCUAAGAUGACGUUUCAGUCAGAAGCUGUACCUAGGUACCGCUCCCUUCUCACCAGCUUGUUCAAUUCCCUUUUCCCUUCCCAUAUUGGCUCUGUUUCACAAGGUGAAUGGGAAGUGAAGAGAAGGACUUUUCUUUAUUCUUUGCUACACUGAAGACCAGAUCUCAGGGCCCAGAAGCUCUAGUGAAAUUGAAUCAAUCUCACCAAGUGGGAAUUUUUCCAUAUGCCAGGCCUUUGGGUAAAGCUUCUUGGAUGUGCCUUCAAGGAACUGGUGAUGUACUGUUGAGGACCAGACAGAAAGCAAGAUCUAUGGUUGGAAGUCACUAUUGCCACUCUUGUUUACCCUGGACACCUCUGAAAAGCACAAGUUACUUCCCAGGCCACUGGAUAAAUACCUGAAUGCUCUCAGAAAGAAGAAUAUGACAUUCCUAGGGCCUAAAGGAAGAGGAUCCACCCUGUCCCAAUGCUAUUGUUCCCCCAAAACUCAGUCCCAGAUGCUUAGUGGGCAAGUAUUCUCAAAGGAACAAGACAGCCCACCCAAGGAAGACAGUGUGAUGCAGCAGGAAGCAUGCUGGAUUUGGAGUUAGAGGACCUGAGUUCAAAUCCUGGUUCUGCCAUUUACUACCUGUGUGACCUAGAGCAAA